CUCUCAUUAGUCAUUCCACACAUUAAGCUCUCUAUCUUUUGACUUGCCAACAAUGGCUUCCAUUAGUCUCCGUCGGAGAGACGCCGUGUUAUUGACGGCGAUGUUAGCGACUGAAACCGGAAACGUGGCGAUGAAUACUCUAUUUAAAGCAGCUACUUCAAAAGGCCUUAAUUCUUAUACCUUCCUCAUCUACUCUUAUCUCAUUGGCUCUCUUUUUCUUCUUCCUUCUCACAUCUUCUCAUAUAGAAUGGAGAAAGCAUCUUUCAAAGAAAAGAGUAGUGUAGCCAAAAUGGUUGGGACAAUAGUUUCACUAGUUGGGGCACUUGUGGUAGUUCUCUACCAUGGUCCACGAGUCUUCAGCCCAUCUUCUCCGCCGCUUCCACAACUCCGCCAGCUUCUUCCGCCGUUAUCAUCCUCAAACUCCGAUUGGAUCAUCGGUGGUUGCCUUUUAGCCGUCAAAGACACCCUCGUUCCUGUUGCUUUCAUUCUUCAAGCACACAUAAUGAAGAUAUAUCCAUCACCAUUCACGGUCUCUUUCUUCUAUUUUCUGAUUGCUUCAAUCUUGACGUCAUUGAUCGCAAUCGUAGCAGAAAAGAACAAUCCGAGCAUAUGGAUCAUUCAUUUUGACAUUACAUUGGUUUGCAUAGUUGUUGGGGGAAUAUUUAAUCCAGGAUAUUACGCGAUUCAUCUGUGGGCAGUACGUAAUAAAGGACCUGUUUACUUAGCUAUAUUCAGACCUUUAUCGAUUUUAAUAGCAGUGAUUAUGGGAGCCAUUUUUCUUGUCGAGUUUUUUUACCUCGGAAGUUUGAUCGGAGGGAUUUUGAUAUCAUUAGGGUUUUACACUGUGAUGUGGGGAAAAGCAAAAGAAGAGAAGACUGAAUCGUUGUCACUUUCUGAAGAAGCUCCUCUUCUUAUAAAAAACAUAGACGACCAAAUAUAGAUUUAAAAGAAUGUUGGAAACGAUGAUUAUUAUGAGUAUCUCUUUGUAGAAUGUGUUUAUGUUGAUAGAGAUUAGAAGCACUCUAUUUAGUAUCAAUAAAAUGUUAUAUAGAGCUUGUAACUAAACACAUGUUACUCAUUUUUUAACAAAUGUUUUUAAAUAAU